AUGGUUUCAAUUAAAUCGCCGUCUCUUGUGCCGGUGUCCUGGGUACAGGCUCUGCUCGGUGUGGGCAGCUUGUCUGUCGCCCUCCUCGCUUUCCUGUUGGUUCGCCAGCUCGUCAAGCAGAGACGACCCCCGGGCUUUCCUCCUGGUCCAUCUCCCAUCCCCGUGAUAGGGAACAUUCUGUCUCUAGCCACCGAGCCGCACGUCUUCCUCAAGAAGCAGAGUGAGGUUCAUGGAAAGAUUUUCAGUCUUGACCUAGGAGGCAUCUUAACUGUGGUAUUAAAUGGAUAUGACUGUGUCAGGGAAUGCCUUUACCAUCAGAGCGAGCUGUUUGCUGAUCGCCCAUCACUGCCUUUAUUCAAGAAAAUGACCAAAAUGGGUGGGCUUCUCAAUUGUAAAUAUGGCAAAGGCUGGAUUGAACACCGUAAACUGGCGUGCAACUCUUUCCGUUACUUUGGCAGCGGCCAGAGACAGUUUGAGAGGAAGAUCUCAGAGGAAUGCAUGUUCUUUGUUGAUGCCAUUGACGAACACAAGGGAAAGCCCUUCAACCCCAAACACCUAGUGACCAACGCUGUGUCUAACAUCACCAACUUGAUCAUUUUUGGACAGCGUUUUCCUUACGAUGACCACAACUUCCAGCACAUGAUUGAGAUUUUCAGUGAGAACGUGGAGCUAGCGGUGAGUGGCUGGGCCCUGCUAUAUAAUGCCUUCCCUUGGAUUGAGUAUGUCCCCUUUGGAAAACACCAGAAGCUGUUCCGUAAUGCUGCAGAGGUGUAUGACUUCUUACUGCAGGUUAUAAAGGGUUUUUCACAGGGCAGGGUACCACAUGUACCUCGCCACUAUGUUGAUGCCUAUCUGGAUGAGUUGGACCAGAAUGCAGGAGACCCCAGUUCCUCUUUUUCCUAUGAGAACCUCAUCUAUUCAGUGGGUGAGCUCAUUAUUGCUGGCACAGAGACCACGACUAACACCCUGCGUUGGGCCAUGCUAUACAUGGCCCUCUACCCCAACAUACAAGAGAGGGUCCACAGAGAGAUCGACAGCGUGCUGGUCAAUGGGAGGGCACCCACUUUGGAGGACAAACAAAAGAUGCCCUAUGUGGAGGCUGUUCUACACGAGAUCCUUCGCUUCUGCAACAUUGUCCCACUUGGUAUUUUCCGUGCCACCUCCCAGGAUGCAAAAGUCAACGGGUACACGAUUCCCAAAGGCACCAUGGUGAUCACAAACCUCUACUCAGUGCACUUUGAUGAGAAAUACUGGAAUGAUCCAGGUGUUUUCUCACCACAAAGGUUUCUGGACAGCAAUGGCAACUUUGUAAGGCGUGAUGCCUUCCUGCCAUUCUCUAUAGGGAGGCGUCAGUGUCUGGGCGAACAGCUGGCCAGGAUGGAGAUGUUCCUCUUUUUCACCACUUUGAUGCAGAGGUUUCAUCUGCAGUUCCCUCCAGGAUCCGUUCCCUCUGUCACUCCCAAACUAGGCAUGACUUUACAGCCCAAACCUUACUCCAUCUGUGCUGUCCGCAGGCAGCAGAAAAGUUCUUGCUCUGGAGACACUACUUAUCACAAGUAGGCAAGCAGCAUUUACUACAGCUUGUUCAACCGUUCAAGCCAGAAUUUUACUAUUUUGCACAGCAAUGCAAACACAUGAUAGAGGUGCAUAAAACUGUAUCACUCUGGAUUAUAAUAUCCAGUUACAGUGCAUUACAGUUUUUCCAAAGGACUUUCAGUGACAAAAGUAGCUCUUUACAUAUGGAUGUG